CGUGUUCAUCAUAAACAUCUUGUUUCUCUUGUUGGAUACUGCAGCACCGGGUUUCAGAGGCUACUUGUUUAUGAGUUUGUUCCCAACAAUACAUUGGAAUUUCAUUUACAUGGAAAUGGACGACCAACGAUGGAUUGGCCAACAAGAUUGCGAAUUGCUUUAGGAUCUGCAAAAGGACUUGCUUAUCUUCAUGAAGAUUGUCAUCCUAAGAUCAUUCAUCGUGAUAUUAAAGCUGCUAACAUCCUUCUCGAUUUUAAGUUUGAAGCAAAGGUUGCUGAUUUUGGUCUUGCAAAGAUUGCUUCCGAUCUCAACACUCAUGUUUCUACUCGAGUGAUGGGGACUUUUGGGUAUCUGGCUCCAGAAUAUGCAGCAAGUGGAAAACUUACAGACAAAUCAGAUGUUUUCUCUUAUGGAGUCAUGCUCCUUGAGCUAUUAACUGGACGUCGACCGGUUGAUAAAAAUCAGACUUACAUGGAUGAUAGUUUGGUGGAAUGGGCUAGGCCUUUGCUCAUGCGUGCUUUAGAAGAAAAUAAUUUAGAUUCUCUGAUUGAUCCAAGACUUCAGAAUGAAUUUGACCCUAGUGAGAUGACGCGUAUGGUAGCAUGUGCUGCAGCUUGCACACGCCACUCAGCAAAGCAUCGACCAAGGAUGAGCCAGGUUGUGCGUGCCUUAGAAGGAGACGUGUCACUAGCAAAUCUUAAUGAAGGAGUAAGACCUGGACACAGCAGUGUCUACAGUUCUCACGAAAGGUGGAUUCAG